UGCAAGUAUUUUUAGAAAAAUGAAUGUAGAAUUGGUAGCUAGAAAUUCACUGUCGUCGCUACAGAAAACAAGCGAUAACACAUUUAUAGUAUCUCCUGGAAAUCUUGAUGAUUGGACGUGGUGUAAUUUAAGGAAACAAUUCAAGUAUAAAAAUCUAGAGCGGCUGUAUUUGAUUUAUCGUCGGAAACUCGAGAACGGUUACAUGUCUCUAUUUGUUGUGGUGCAAUUGGCUUUGAGUAUUGUCCACGGUAUUGUUUUAAUUUCCACGGUAGACGCAAUAAAAAAUGUGAUUGUUGAUUUAACGGCGUGCGGACUGAUAAAUGCUCUAUUAUUUCCUGUGAUUGCCCUUUCCUUUCGAUCAGAUUUGACUGUAAAAAAUGUUUACCUGCCAAUUUACUUUUCUUCUCUGGUUAUUGCCUUCUUGGUCGCUGGAGACUUGAUUGUUGUCAUUUAUCACACUCUAUAUAGUACUGAUGAAGGCCUGUAUUUCAGACCUCCAAACGCAACGCACACUCUUCUGGCUUGUUACAUAUUUCUCCCUCUAUCAAGUAACGCUCACGCCUUCAUUUUAGGAGUAACAGCUUCACUUUGCUAUCUUGCGAGUCUUUUACUUAUUACCUACAGAAACGAUUCGGACUUUGACGUCAAGAUAGCUACAGAUUUCAUGUACCAUACGUGCGUAAACUUUUUGGGGCUCUACUUUCGUUUCAUGAAUGAAAUAAUGAUUAGAAGAUCCUUUCUGGAUCGGAGAAAGUAUGUAGAGUCGACACUCCGGCUCAACUACGAAAAGGAUCAAGAGGAACAGCUAACGAGAAGCAUUUUGCCUCCACAUAUUGCUGCCAAAAUAAAGAAAAAUUUUCGAGAUAUAUGUAAAUUUGUAGAGGAGCAUAAAAUACCUUCGUUUUACGAGGAAAACUCGACAUGUUCAUUUUCAUCAUCAUCGUCAUCGAUAUUGAAGGAUUUGUACGUUGAAAUACACAACGACGUGAGUAUUCUGUACGCCGAUGUGGUGAACUUUUCGGGAUUGACAGUUACGCUGCCUGUAAAAAAGUUGGUUGAAACCCUAAAUGAUCUAUUUAGCAGCUUUGACGAAGCAUCCGAAAGGCACAAUGUUCUUAGAAUCAAGUUUCUUGGUGACUGUUACUACUGCGUUAGUGGCUUACCACUUCCAAAUUCACAGCAUGCAAAAAGUUGUGUCGAUCUCGGCAUAGAUAUGAUAAAUAUAAUUGAGGGAGUUCACGUCAGGGUACAAAAAGAAUGUGGCGUUGACGUUAAUAUGAGAAUAGGAGUCCACUCUGGUAAAAUCAUUUCAGGAAUUUUAGGAAUUAAUAAAUGGCAAUACGAUGUCUGGUCGCGUGACGUCAUCAUAGCAAAUAAAAUGGAACAGACUGGCGAGGCUGGUAAAGUUCACAUCACUAAAAAAACAAUGGGCCUUUUAGACAUGAGCACAUACAACUUCAAACCAGUGACCAAUUUGAAUAAUUCCAUUCUUCGUAAAUAUGGAAUUUUUCAAAGCUAUCUCAUUGCUCCCAAAGCACUCGAUUUGCAGCUUUCAUUGAAUGACGAUUUAAAAUCAAGCCUUUUUUGUUCGGAGAAUGUUCCCUUAUCCUGUAACAAUAAGCAUCCUCAUGGAAAGUGUAAUCAAGCGGACGCGUACGCCUGUGGUUCUCGAAGAAGGACUCAUUUCAUGGAUUCGUGUCUUCGCGAUUAUCAUUUAAUGUUGAAAGCCGCAGACGCCGAAAUGGAAAAAGCCAUUCAACAGAUGCCUCUGAGUAAAUGGGAACAGUGGUGCAAAUGGGACAGCAUUAACCCUCUAUUUUUGACGUUCUCACGAAUUGGUUGGGAAAUACCAUAUCUAAGAGAGCCAGAUCCACUUUUCAAAUUUUACGUUGCAUGCGCAGUAUUCGUUUUAUUUUUCGUCGGAUGCAUCCUGUUUUUUCCGAUAGCUGCUGUUUAUCAAAAAAACUCAUACUUGGCCGUUGCAACAGUAACAAGUUAUGGAGUAACUUUGAUAUUUGUGUUGAGUCUGAUUCCAUUGACAUGGACUCAGUUUUUAUGGAGCCGUCAUAAAAAUUUACACGAUGAAAGCGAAAAUGACAUCAAACAACAACCGUCUCGACAAAUUUUAAAUUUUUUUUAUCAAAUGAGUGUCAAGGUAGUUUGGAAUCAAGUUCUCAGAAUAUUUCUUUAUUUUGUGAUUACGUCGAUGGUCGCAAUGACUGCUGUUUUUGUUUUUUUGAUAGAAAGUGAGACAGCCUAUAAAAAUAAUUACUACCAGAGUAGUGAUGGACAAAAUAAUAGCAAUACCAACAUAAAUACGACAAAUUUUUCCAAGACUGAAAAAUUCAACUCCACUUGUGUUUCACGCCCUUGGAAUCGACCACACUAUAUAUUAUUUGGCUACUUUUGUCAUAUUUUAUUUUUUGUGCUACAAGUAUGUACUUUUUAUUUAUUUAAGCCAUCAACUGAAACUUGUGCACUGGCCAUUUUUUCGACUUUUGCAUUUCUAAGAAUUCAUUUUCUUCUAAAACUGUGUGCUGGAAUAUCAAUUACAACUUUUUACGCUUGGAACAUUUGGGAUUUACAAUCUUCUGUAUUCAAGUUCAAUGGUGAAACAUGGAAUCCUUACAUUGACAGUGGACUGGCGCAUAUCUUAACAGUCUCGUACUUGACUAUUUCCUUACACUUGAUCGAUCGUCAAGCGGAAUAUCUUAAUAGGCUCAACUAUCUGUGGAAACGCCAAUUAACAAAAGAGCAAGACGAAGCUUUCCAUACGAGAAACGCAAAUAAGUUACUUUUGAGAAAUAUUCUUCCAGAACACGUUGCUGACUUUUAUCUAAAUAUGGAUAGGACCGAAGAAAAUGCCCUUUAUUACGAGGCUCAUGAUCAUGUUGCCGUUAUGUUUGCGACAUUAACAGAUUUGUCGAUUGAUGAAAGUAAUAUUUUAAUUGACUUUAAUGAAAUCAUAUGCCACUUUGAUAAAUUGCUCUUUAAGCCAAAUUUCAUGUGUAGAAUAGAAAAGAUCAAGCUAGCAGGAACGACGUAUAUGGCCGCUUGUGGUUUGGAAACUUCCAAGGUAAAUAAUCAAAGAUCCAACGUUUCCACGCGCGACAUGGAAUCGAGUUAUAACGUAGUCAAAGUGAUGACUCAAUUUGCAGCCGAAAUGAUGUCUACUCUUGAAAAAAUGAAGACUCAAUCUAGAAAAUCUUACAAAUUAAGAGUUGGAGUUUCUCAUGGCGAAGUAACUGCCGGCGUAGUUGGUGCUCAAAAGCCUUUGUAUGAUGUGUGGGGCGAUGCUGUCAAUAUGGCUUCAAGAAUGGAUACAACUGGAGAACCAGGAAAGAUACAGGUUACAAGGGAUACAGCACAGCUAUUAGAGAAUGAAGAUAUAAAGUGUCAUCUUCGGGAUGAAAUUUGGGUAAAACCCAAAGGCUUUGUGACGACAUAUUUUGUGGGACUCGAUGCUAAAAUGGAGCUUGAAGUAAUAAUACGUAAAGAAAAUACCAGUUUGUAAAAUGUGGAAUAAAU